AGACUGGCUUCUAAGAAAAACCUGUCUAAUUUCCUGUCAGCUCCAAGAUCCUACCUCAUCAAAUUUUCAUGAAAGAAAUUACUUUACAAUUCCAGCUAAAACAUUACUUCCCUUGCAGAUUGCCCUUUGAGUGUUGUGCUCCACUUGUAUGUUCGGAAUACCUCGGUGGUGAUAAGGGGCCACUAGGGAUCAUCUAAAGCGUCUGACAACGCAAAAGAAUGUGUCUUUAUUAGGCAUUUAAAAAGUUCCGAAAAUCGGUGGAAGUCCUGAUAUGAACUAUGCCUGGUGACGUCGGCCUACCAUUGUUAAGUUUAGUCCUCCUAUACUUGAUUCAAGAAUGUGGGUCUGAAUGUACAUUUCCUAAGUUCCUCAUAAGUGCUAUGGACGAGGAGACCGGACUUUUGAAACCCUGGAAAACCAAAACGCACUGGUUCCAAAUCAGUACCAACCCCCAAAUACAACAACUCAGUGAAAUUUACGUCACGGGCUCUGACAUGUGGCAGAUCCGACAAGAAUUCUAUAGGACAUGUGAAUCAAAGUCCAGGCGACUCUCCAAUAAAAUUACGUCGUCAGAAAGAUGUGGCGAGAAAACGUUGUCCUACAACCGGACGUGUCUUACCGUGGACUCGGCAAACGAAACCGCCGGUCUCUACACGUACCGACUGCUGGAACAGCACGUCACAGGAACAAAAUAUGUCUGCAUGUCAUUCCAGCGACGAAGUGAGGGCGUUGUUACAGUAAGGAAAGCUACUGACCUGAAUGGUUUUGGACACAUGUUGAUGAGCUAUAUGUCAUAUCGACAGUAA